AUGACAAGUACGUUCGAAAAUACUUCACGAAAAGUCUUAAAUAACAAAGGUCGAUUGUUGUGGCGUUCCUCGUACCGAUCUGUAAACACGACUACCGAAGUUCCAAAUAAUGAAGAUACUGAUGAUCUCCCAAUCAAGAUGGACAACCCAUUUGCAAGAGAAACAAUUAAAUGCAUCUUAUGCACACAUAAUAUAGAACCAGAUUACAAAAAUCCACGUCUACUCUCGCAGUUCCAGAGCCGAUACACCGGACGUAUUUAUGGCCGUCACAUAACCGGAUUAUGCACAAGAAAACAGCAGAGGGUUGAGGAAGAAAUAGUAAAAGCACAAAAUGCUGAAAUUAAAGAUAAAUUUUAUAAUUUAGGACUCAUGCCAUACUACCUUAAAGAGGUAGCCUACGUAAAGGACCCGCUACUGUUUGAUCCAGAUCACCCGUUCAGACCACACAAAUAUUAA